UCCGUCGGACACGUCGGCGGCGGCACCUGGAGCCGGAUGUGGCAAGAUGGCUGCGGCUGCUGCUGGAUACGCGCUAGUUCCCACUACUGCCGCCGCCGUCGCCGGCUAGGUUUCAGUUCGCGGCUCCUGAGAAGCCAACCGCAGCUGAGCGGGUGAGGGCUGAGUAUAUGGAGCACGGUGGAAGCCCGAGUGCGGGCGAGGCUGCGGAGGUCAGGCAGGCUCAGUGAGCAUCGGGCCUAGCCCGAAGUGGCGAGCGCAUUUAAAGAGACACCGUCAGGCCAGGGGAGAACGACAGUACCGGGCCGCCUGGUGCUGAGACACCGGACAGGUUACAGCCCGUGUCGCCUUGGUGAGUUGUCUAAGGGUCUCGUGAUUCCCAGGCCUGACGUGAGGCAUGGUCUGGGCUGCGGGAACUGGUCUGCCGCUGGGAAAGGUGUGUUAGCUUGGCCAGACAGUGACGCCUCAGAGGAAACCUACAACUUAUUUAGAACGAAGGAAGAUGCAAGAAAUUGCUAAGCUUGACUUUUGCCGGGUUCUGAAGAAAUUUGAUUCUUGUUGGCUCGAAGACUUCCUCAGCAGAGCUGGUGAUCAUGGGACACAUUUUCUUUUGAAGCAGAGAGUAGCAGCAUUUAUUUGUAACCUCUUGGCUGGCGGAGCAGGAUGUCGCAAGGGAGGUCGUGGUUUGUUUUUUUACCAAGGUGUAGAAAAAUGUCGGCAUGUCCGUGGAGCGUCCUGUAGAUAACUUUGGCUGUCCUGCUUUCACAGGUUUUUAAGUGGCAUGUAGAAUGGUUGUGCACUGAAGGAGAGAUUUCCUUUCAAACGUGUUGACUAGAGGCGUUUUCCAUCCUAAAUUUGGCAGUAAAAAACAGCAGAUUCACAAAUUACUGUUUCUGCGGGUUCUUUUGCAAGUUGCAGCCCAAUGCAGCCUCCUUACACUUUUUGUCCACAAACCCUUCCUAGGGUUUCAGUUCUCAUGUCUUGCAGAUGAGAUAAGAGGCAAAGUAGAGACUGUUUCUUCUUGUGAUUCACUAUUCCCGAAUGAAUCUCCAAAUUGACCUUGGAAUUUUCUGAGAUAUUGUGCAGAUUUGAUAUCCCAUCUUGCUUUUAUGAGCAGUUUUGAACAUCCUCACUUCCUGUGUGUCUUCCUCACAUAAUACAUAGCUCUUUCUCUUCUGUGACUGCCUUCUUCAGCAUUGAAAGGGCUCGGAUAUUGACUUAGAAGAGAGGUGUUUAUCUUGUCUAUCUGUUAAGAGUACCACAGGCAGUCACCUUAGGGGAGAUUGUUGGCCAAGUGGAACUCACUGUUUUUGGGUGCCCCUGUGUUUUACAGUUUACAGCUGUUAAAUCUGGCAGUGAAAGGAUCAGGGAAUGUUUAAAUACCUCAGUCACACAGAGUCAUGCUUAAAAUGUCUUGUGUAAGCAUGUAUGUAGGCAUGAGGCAAUUGAGCUACAAGGCUGAGUUCAUGAGUACUGCAUCUGAGAUCAGUCGGUCUCUGAAACAGGUGCUUUUUUGAAAGGUAGAAAACUGGCUGAAGAGAAUAAGUGUGAUCCUGAGAUAAGUGACGCGCAGUUCAUUAUCUUUCUGUUGCACAAAUUACAGAAAAGACCUACCCUGCCUCCUUUAUAAGCAGCAUCUCCUGCAGGAAAGACUCCACCAUGCAGCCACCACCUCAGGCAGUCCCGUCUGGUGUGGCUGGCCCACCCCCAGCUGGGAAUCCUCGAAGCUCGUUCUGGGCCAACAGCCCUUACAGGAAGCCAGCCAAUAAUAAUGCACCAGUGGCUCCCAUAACACGCCCACUGCAGCCAGUAACGGAUCCGUUUGCUUUUAACAGACAGACUCUUCAAAACACACCAGUGGGCAGUUCAUCCAAAAGCAGCCCACCUAAUUUGCCUGGCCCAGCCCUCCCUGUUUUUUCUCAGUGGCCUGGUUUGCCUGUGCCUCCCACAAAUGCUGGGGAUAGCUCCACAGGACUUCAUGAGCCUCUGCCAGGAACUCUGUCACAGCCUAGAGCAGACCCCAGUCUAUUUCCUCCUGCAUCUACCCCUUCUUCAUUGCCUGGGCUGGAGGUGAACAGGAGUGCUGAGGUUGAUUCCAGCUCAGGACCUGAAGUCCAGAUGCUGCCACAUCCACCUCACUACAUUCCAGGAGUGGGUCCUGAGCAGCCUCACGGAGGCCAUCUGAAUGACAGUGGGGCUGGGCCUGACCAAUCCAUGAAUAGGCACGCCCCACAUGAUGGUGCUGUGGCCCAUGCAGCAUCUCCUUUCUUCCCUCAGCCCCAGAUGCCAGGUCAGUGGGGGCCUGUGCAUGGAGGCCCUCCGCCCUCCUAUCAUCAUCACUCACCCUGCCUGGAGGGCCCUGUUCAGGACAUGGGGCCCCAGGCUGCCAGCUUGCCCCAUUUCCCCUCUCCAUCUAGUCUACACGAGGGACCUGGCCAUGAGUCCCGUGUCCCACAAACGUUUACUCCAGCAUCCUUGGCCAGUGGUGAAGGAAAUGAGAUAGUCCACCAGCAAAGUAAAAAUUACCCAUCGAGUAGCUUCCCCCCUAAACACAGUUUUGAGCAGAAUUCCAGAGUUGGGAAUAUGUGGGCAAGCGCGGAGUUCAGGCAGAAUCCAGGAGUUAAUAAAGAGCAUCUGCUAGACCCUGCCCAUGUGAAUCCCUUCACUCAGGGAAACAGCCCUGAGAACCAGGUGCACCAUCCCCCAGUGGCCGCAACUAACCAUGCCCUGCAAGAAGCAGCCUCCGGAGCGCUCUCAAUGUUUUUUCAAGGGGAGGAGACAGAGAACGAGGAAAAUCUCUCAUCUGAAAAAGCAGGCCUUGAUGACAGAUUAGACUCGGGUAGCUUCUCUUCUACCUCCAGACUGGGCCAUCCACCACUCCCUGGAGCUGGUGGUGUCUACCAGGCCGCUCAGGAAGGAGAUGUGCAACCUUAUUUUUCUCAGUUUGUGGGCAUCCGUCAUGACAAACAGACCACUAUGACUCCUGCUAAUGAUGCGUGGGGUGAUAUUCCGGGUGCUGGGACCCACUGUGCUAGUGGGCCACAGUGUGAGAAUGUAGAGAACCUAGAAUUUGUUCAGAAUCAAGAAGUUUUGCCACGUGAGACCGUGAAUGUGGAUCCCUUUUCCCCGAGUGAUCAGUUUCGAUAUGGGCCCCUUCCUGGGCCAGCUGCCUCCAGGCCUGUUACUUCGGGCCUCACUAGAGGAGGAGGGCUAAAUCUUGAGGCCCCUGACAUGCCACUGCACCCUACACGACCUGACAGUGUGUCAUCCAGCUACAGCAACCAUAGUCACAGAAGUCCUCCUGGGUCAGCCAGACCCCAAGAAUUGGUGGGCACAUUCAUUCAGCAAGAAGUUGGAAAACUCGAAGAUGAUACGUCAGGGAGUUUUUUUAAGCAAAUUGAUUCUUCUCCGGUUGGAGGUGAAACAGAUGAGAUGACCAGGAGUCAAAAUUACUGCAGCAGCCUGUCCCAGCCUUCAACUCCAAGCCCUCCAAAACCUACGGGAGUCUUCCAGACAAGUGCAAAUAGUUCUUUUGAGCCAGUAAAAUCCCACUUGGUUGGAGUGAAACCAGUUGAAGCAGAUCGUGCCAACAUGGUGGUUGAAGUGAGAGGGACCCAGAACUGCCAGAAGCACGGGGCCGCUGUUCUACCACCUGAUGCCACCCCAGGAAACCUGGAACAGCCACCAGACAACAUGGAGACCCUGUGUGCACCUCAGGCCUGCCCUUUGCCUCUUAGCACCACUGGAGAGGCUGGGCAACUGGUUUCACACACAGCAGGGCCACCCUUGGAUACUGUGCGCCCCAUGCCUGACAAGAGGUCCUCAGCCAGGGCCCAGGGGCCUGUGAAAUGUGAGAGCCCAGCCACAACUCUGUGGGCACAAAACGAACUGCCAGAUUUUGGGGGCAAUGUCCUUCUAGCCCCUGCUGCCCCUGCACUUUAUGUUCCUGUAAAACCAAAACCUUCAGAGGUUGUUCAUCAUCCAGAAAAGGGCAUGUCUGGACAGCAGUCAUGGAAAUCAGGGUCUGUGCCCCCUUUGCAGAACCAAGACCCUCCUGGUGCUUCUGAGAACCUUGAGAACCCUCCCAAGGUAGGAGAAGAGGAGGCCCUUCCAUUGCAGGCAAGUUCUGGUUAUGCGAGUUUGCUGUCCUCACCACCCACUGAAUCUUUACACAAUCAACCUGUCCUGAUUGCCCAGCCUGAUCAAAGCUAUAAUUUGGCUCAGCCCAUUAAUUUUUCUGUGUCCUUACCGAAUCCUAAUGAGAAGAAUCAGUGCUGGGGAGAUGCUGUGGUGGGGGAGAAAUCCAUGGUGAGCACCCGGGCUCUUGGUGCUGACCAUGAAGAACAUGCUGCCUUGUCUGCAAUUCCAGCCAGUACUGUCACUGGCUCGUCUUUGCCUAACAGUGUCACCCAGAACUGUGCCCCUCGAGGUUCUGGGUCUUCUGAAAUGAUUGCUAGCCAGCCUGCCAGUUGGUUGGUUCAACAGCUGUCCCCUCAGAUUCCUCAAAGUCAGCACCCCAAUGCAGAGAAGGGUCCUUCUGAGUUUGUUAAUAGCCCUGCUAAUGGAAGUGUGAUGCUAGCUCCACCUGCAAACAGUGCUGUGAUACCUAACAGUAAUAAGGGGUAUCACUCUAGAAACCCGGAAGAAGCCAUCGGUGCCCUAGACUUCACAUUGAGUAGAACUUUGGAAAAUCCUGUGAGAAUGUGUAGCCCAUCUCAUUCAAACAGCCCAGCUUCUCAGCAGCCUCUUGCCAAUCAUCCCAGACAAUCUGGGCCUGGGCUGCAUAACCAGGAUCAUUUCUACCAGCAGGUAACAAAAGAUGCUCAGGAUCACCGUAGCCUAGAAAGAGGCCAGUCAGAGCUGGUGCCUCCUCCGCCACAGAAUUCUCCCCAACAAGUACCCCAAGCUGCGUGUCCAGAGCCUUCAAAUCCAGAAAGCCCACCCACACAAGGACAGUCUGAAGGCUUGGUCCAGCCAUCAGCAAGUCCAGCUCCAGUCAACACAGGCCAGCAGCCUCAGCCACCGCAGUCCUCCAGUGCAUCGGUUACAUCUACCAACUCCAACCAGGCAGCUGUGCGGUCAGAACAGCCAUGGCUACACCCACCUCCCACUACUUUUGGCCCAGCACCUCAAGACUUGGCAUCCUACUACUAUUAUAGACCCCCGUAUGAAGCCUACCAGUCUCCGUACCCUUCACCGUACCCAUCAGAUCCUGGAGCAGCCUCUUUAUACUACCAAGAUAUCUAUGGCCUGUAUGAGCCUCGUUACAGACCCUAUGACAGCUCGGCAUCUGCUUAUGCCGAGAACCACCGCUACUCUGAACCUGAGCGGCCCAGCUCCCGUGCAAGUCACUAUUCUGACCAGCUCACUCCCAGGCAAGGAUAUCCUGAAGGAUACUACAAUUCUAAGAGUGGAUGGAGCAGUCACAGUGACUACUACGCAAAUUACUACUCUGGCCAGUAUGAUUAUGGAGACCCAGGCCGCUGGGACCGUUACUAUGGGUCUCGAUUUAGGGACCCUCGCACCUGGGACCGGAGGUACUGGUAUGACUCUGACCAUGACCCAUACAGGAAGGACAACUAUGCUUACAGUGACAGGCCUGAGAAAUGUGAUGAUCACUGGAGGUAUGACCCUCGCUUCACUGGGAGCUUCGAUGAUGACACUGAGCUCCACAGGGACCCCUAUGGAGAAGAAGUAGACAGACGCAGCAUCCACAGCGAGCACUCAGCCCGGAGCCUGCGCAGUACUCACAGCCUGCCCAGCCGCCGCAGCAGCCUCAGCUCCCAUUCACACCAGAGUCAGAUUUACAGAAGCCACCAUGUGACUGGCGGUUCCUUUGAGGCCCCCCAUGCCCCAGGCUCAUUUCAUGGUGAUUAUGCCUAUGGUACCUAUGCCAGCAAUUUCAGCGGUGCCCAUGGUUUUCCAGAGUACAGCUACCCUGCAGACACCUCCUGGCCUGCUGCGGAGCAAGUUCCAUCAAGACCGACCUCUCCUGAGAAGUUUACAGUGCCUCACGUCUGUGCCAGGUUUGGUCCUGGUGGUCAGCUCCUCAAAGUGAUACCCAACCUGCCUUCAGAAGGACAGCCCGCAUUGGUGGAGAUCCACAGCUUAGAGACCUUGCUGCAGCACACACCUGAGCAGGAAGAAAUGCGCUCCUUCCCAGGACCUCUCGGCAAAGAUGACACUCACAAAGUAGAUGUUAUUAACUUUGCACAAAACAAAGCGACAAAAUGUUUGCAGAAUGAAAGUUUAAUUGACAAAGAGUCUGCAAGUCUUCUUUGGAACUUCAUUAUUCUGUUAUGCAGACAGAAUGGGACCGUCGUGGGAACAGACAUCGCAGAGCUCUUGUUACGGGACCAUAGAACUGUGUGGCUUCCUGGGAAGUCACCCAACGAGGCAAACCUGAUAGAUUUUACCAAUGAGGCUGUGGAGCAAGUGGAAGAGGAGGAGUCAGGGGAGGCCCAGCUCUCAUUUCUCACAGACAGUCAGACAGUGACCAGCAGUGUGCUGGAGAAGGAGACUGAGCGGUUCCGUGAACUCUUGCUGUACGGUCGGAAGAAGGAUGCUCUGGAGUCUGCCAUGAAAAAUGGCUUAUGGGGUCACGCCCUGCUGCUUGCAAGUAAGAUGGACAGCCGGACACAUGCCCGUGUCAUGACCAGGUUUGCCAACAGUCUUCCGAUCAAUGACCCCCUGCAGACUGUCUACCAGCUCAUGUCUGGACGGAUGCCUGCUGCAUCCACGUGUUGUGGAGAUGAGAAAUGGGGAGAUUGGAGGCCACAUCUUGCAAUGGUUUUGUCCAACCUGAACAACAACAUGGAUGUGGAAUCUCGGACCAUGGCUACCAUGGGUGAUACCCUAGCAUCAAAAGGCCUGCUGGAUGCCGCACAUUUUUGCUACCUCAUGGCCCAGGUUGGAUUUGGGGUUUAUACAAAGAAAACUACCAAACUUGUUUUGAUAGGCUCAAAUCACAGUUUGCCAUUUUUAAAGUUUGCCACUAAUGAAGCCAUUCAAAGGACGGAGGCUUAUGAGUACGCUCAGUCCCUUGGGGCGCAUACCUGUUCCUUACCUAACUUCCAGGUGUUUAAAUUCAUCUACUUGUGCCGCCUGGCUGAAAUGGGACUCGCUACACAGGCCUUCCACUACUGUGAAGUAAUAGCCAAGAGUGUCCUGACACAGCCUACUGCAUACUCCCCAGUGCUGAUUAGCCAGUUGAUUCAGAUGGCUUCCCAGUUACGCCUCUUCGAUCCUCAACUGAAGGAGAAGCCAGAGGAGGAGUCCUUUGUGGAGCCUGCCUGGUUGGUGCAGCUGCAGCACGUGGAGAGGCAGAUCCAGGAGGGCACUGUGCUGUGGAACCAGGAUGGAACUGAACCCCAGCAGUGUCACAUCACAUCGGGCUCUGAGGUGGAGCAGCCAGAUGGCCCUGGACUCAACCAGCAGGCAGGGCCAAGGGCCGACAACCCUCUCCUGAUGCCAAGCACUGAGCCUUUGGUGCACAGCGUGCAGCUGCUGCCCACAGCUCCUCAGACAUUGCCUGAUGGCCAGCCUGCUCACCUUGCCAGGGUGCCCAUGUUCCCAGUACCAAUGUCUCGUCCCCCCCUGGAGCUGAGUGCUGCCUAUGGACCCCCGGGGUCUGUACUUGGCUUCCCAGAAUCCUCCAGAUCUGAUCCUGCAGUGCUGCAUCCUGGGCAGGCCCUACCACCCGCUACACCAGGUCUCCAGGAAAGUGGGCCACCACUCCAGGAGGCCAGAAGCCCAGAUCCAGAAAUGGUGCCACAGGGCUCACCUGUCAGACACUCCCCUCCUGAGCCCCGUGAAGAGGAGUUUGGCAAGAACGUCGCUGACCUGGGCUCCUCUAGAACAGCACAGGACUCGGAAACCUCCCCAGUGUGGGAUCUUGGCAGCUCCAGUCUGACACGUGCCCCAUCUUUGACACCUGAUUCUGAAGGGAAGAAACCUGCACAAGCUGUCAAAAAGGAGCCCAAGGAGCCCAAGAAGACCGAGUCCUGGUUCUCUCGCUGGCUGCCUGGGAAGAAAAGGACAGAAGCUUAUCUACCAGAUGACAAGAACAAAUCAAUUGUUUGGGAUGAAAAGAAAAACCAGUGGGUGAAUCUGAAUGAACCGGAGGAGGAGAAGAAGGCUCCACCCCCACCUCCAACAUCGUUCCCCAGGGUUCCCCAGGCGGCUCCCACUGGGCCUGCAGGACCACCCAUGGCCUCCGUGAAUGUGUUUUCUAGAAAAGCAGGUGGGUCCAGAGCUCGCUAUGUGGAUGUUCUCAACCCAAGUGGAACACAGCGGAGUGAACCAGCUCUUGCUCCUGCGGAUUUCUUUGCUCCUCUUGCCCCGCUGCCAAUCCCUUCUAACUUAUUUGUACCAAACCCAGAUGCAGAAGAGUCACAACCUGCAGAUGGGACUGGCUGUAGGGGACAGGCACCAGCUGGGACUCAAUCUAAGGCAGAGCCCACCCUGGAAGCCAAGGUGGUAAGCUCUACAGUAUCAGCCCCUGGGCCUGAACUCUCACCCUCCAAACCAGCAGAUGGCUCCCAGGGAGGAGAGCUCUCGCGCUGUAGCUCUCUGAGCUCGCUCUCACAGGAAGUGAGCCGGCAUUUCCAUCAGGCUCCUGGAGACCACUGUCCUGCAGGGGCCACUCCUGGUGGGUCUGUGCCCUUUUACAACCCUGCGCAGUUGGUGCAGGCGUCUGUCACCUCGGGGACUUCAAGGCCAGGAAGGAUUGGCCAAAGAAAAUAUGCGGCACUGAACUAGGAUUGCUGCUGGAUUCUUACUUGGCACCCUGAGAGGAUUCGAUAACUGUUCUUCAACAAGAACCAAACUAGCUGCCUCAGGUCCUGCGGAUCCCAGAUGGGCGUGGCAGCACUCAGAGCCGGUCAUACUGUGUGUCUCCCUCCUUGCAGCCUAUGUAUAUGAAUUAUUGAAAAAUCAAUUUCAAGGUUUCUUUCAGAUGCUGGAUAGAAUGAAUCUAAUUCAAAGUCUUUUAUGUAAAAGAACGGUGUUUCUUUUUUAGUUACUUUAGACAAAUUAAGGUUUGAGUCACUUGAGAAAACCCCUGAAGAGAGGCUAGACAGGGCUUCACUACAGGAGAGCACAGUUCCUUGGAAACCAGGGCCUCUCUCACCUGAGAAAUGGUGCAGACCAACCAGGGCCCCUUAGGUUGCUGAGAGAAGAGUGACUACUUGCCUGGAGAGGACUGACUACUGAGCUGCCUGGCCUAAGAGGAGCCCCAAGCUGCAGUGGGCAACUAUGCCCUGUCCUGUGAACCAGGGAAUACAUGCCAGCUCCUCUAAGGGCACCAGAUGGCCAAGGCUCACAGACUGGGAGGGAAGUGGUUACAAGGGCAUGUCUCUCAGAGAAUUCCCAGCCUCACUCCAUUUUCUGUGGCCUGAUUAGAGCUGGGUGACUUUUACUGCUCAGAGCUUCCGGUCAUGGACCAGUCACUGGGCAGAGUUCCAGGGAGCUGACAUGCUAAAGCUGCUGAUCUGAUUAACCAGGUCAAAAACUGGAUGCAUGCUGCAAAGUCCUGCCCUUCUAGCCAAGGGUUUGUGUGAAGCCUUCUAGCUGACUCAUGUCACCUGCAGACAGCACUUAGAGACUUGGUGGUAUCUUGGAGUGGCUUACGGUGUCCUAGCAGAUACUCUGGAACCUUGCAUCUCUACCCCAAAGCCCACCAAGGACCUUGAGCAGCUACUCACUGACUCACCCAUAUCACUUCAAGGAGCUGCCACCACGUUCAAACUCAGAGCUUUAAGGCUUCACUGACUGUUCCUAAAACUAUCCUUACACUCUAAAGAGGAGGGGAAAGAGAUUUAAAAUAUUUAUACAAAUCAGCAGGUAAUUUGGGUAGAAAACAUAAAUGGUUUGUUAUUAAAUUUAGAAAUUGUAGCACAUGGAAUUAUACAGCCCUUCCUGGUUUUCUGGUUCCCCACAUCAUCUAGGGAAGGAAGACUCACAGAAUGGUUUCCAGAAUGUUCCGUAGAUGAGUGUACUUGGAGCCUCCUGUUCCUGUCAUUAAGAAAGGCCUGUCCCUGGGUCAUUAGCAACGUGUUUCCUUGCUGGGACCAGGCAGGACCCUUGCCUCUGGUGCAACCUUGCCCAGGCUCUGUGUUGACUGCCAACCACUUUUGAUUCAAGAAGCUUCUUCCCUGGGAGCUGCUAUUUUUCCAAAAUUCACAUUGUUAAAUAAAAUAUUUUGGGCUCUCGAGUAA